GUGUUCAUAUGUAACAGAAGCCUUCCAGCAUAGCAAAGCGAUACAGCCAUCCUAUAUACUAGACGUCAAGAUGACAGCCUUCAGAAAAACUCUGUAUAUGGCAAUGGCAAUUGCUUGCCUUGCCUGCUCUGUUAUUGCAUUCUUGUUUUUUUUUGAGCCAUCACCUCCUUUGUGUCCAUCUACAUCUACAUUAGCUUAUGAAUUAAACGCUGACGGCACUGAAAAGCCCAUCGUCCUGCUGUGGUUCUGGCCUCUUGGUGUGAGGUUUGAUUUCAAAAUCUGCUCAACCUACUUCAAAAUUAGUAGCUGCAUACUGACUGAUGAUAGAUCCAUGUACAGCAGAGCAGAAGGAGUCAUUAUCUUCCACAAAGAUAUCGACUGGCACUUGAAUAACAUUCCCAAGGACCCACGUCCAUCUUUUCAGAAAUGGAUUUGGUUCCACGUGGAAUCUCCGACAAACACACUGAAGAUACCAGGUUUGGAAAACCUGUUCAACUUAACACUGAGCUACAGACGAGAUGCCGACAUUGUGGUGAGGAAUGAGGUGACUGUCAAGAAAGAAGAGAUGAAGGACGUCUUUGUUCUGCCUAAGAAAGACAAACUGUUGUGUUGGAUUGUCAGUAACAAUGCUGCGAGCACCGGAACAAGUACAAGAGAGAAAUAUUACAAUGAACUGUCCAAACAUAUAAAGAUUGAACUGUUUGGUUCUGCACAUACAGGGCGUCGGUUGAGCUAUGAAGACUAUUACCCAACCCUUGCUAGUUGUAAGUUUUACCUCUCAUUUGAGAACUCGCUCCACAAGGACUACUUUGUAGAAAAGGUAAACGGGCCCCUCGUUGCAGGGUCGGUCCCUGUAGUUAUGGGUCCACCAAGAGAAAACUAUGAGCAGUUUAUUCCCAAUGGCUCCUUCAUUCACAUCAAUGAUUUCCCUGACGCAAAAUCACUGGCAGAGUUUCUACAGCAGCUGGACAAGGAUGAUAAAGCAUACAUGGGUUAUUUUGAGUGGAGAAAGUAUUAUAAAGUGGUGCCUCAUCUAUUGUCAAUACAGAAUGAAUUCAUUCAUCCCAUCUGCCUCGCCUGUGACCACAUUUCAAAAGACAAGGAGUACCAUGUAGUUAAUGACCUUUAUGAGUGGUACUUUACAUGAAAACUGCUGUGAAAACACUGCAAAGUUUACAGAAGAAAGCACA